UCAAAAUCUACGCAGUCCACACGCAGAAUCUGUGGUUGUUUUAAACGAGGAUCUGCAAUCACUUGUAUGGAUAGUUGAGAAGGAACAAGGACAGGACGACACCGGUCGGGCUCUACAACCGCAAAGUCCUUUUCAUCUCAGGAUCCUUGGCUAACACUUUUGAUCACUUGAAGAUUAGGUGUCAGUCCGUGUCCAGGGCUCGAUAUCAUCCUCAUCAUGGCAUCAAGGUCGCUGAGUCAUUCUGACGGCGAGGUGUCGAGUACAGAUUCCGAGGCGAAGGCAAAGAUCAUACCGUCUUCCCACAAUAACAGCAAAGUUGACCGUCAUAUCAGACCCUUUUCUACCACCGCACCUAGAUCGCGUCGAUCACGUUCGAGAUCUCCCUACCGAGCUCCUAGAGGCGAGAAGCGACCGCGGGACUACGAUUCUCCGAGGAACAGGCCGAGAAAUGAUCCGCGAACGUUUUCUGUGAGAUACGACGAGGCUAGAGGCCAUCGCCGAAACACAACCUACGAAGAGCGAGGCUCAAAGCGGUCUAGAACAUAUUCACGCAGUCGCAGUCGAAGCCGCUCACCGUAUCGACGUGCAAAGUACGAUGAUGGUGAAAGAGCACAGGCGAAGAAAGCCGCAGCUACUUCCGGUAGGAGCGAUGCAGAGCCGCGCCCGCCCCGUCAAGUUGACACCGGUGAAAUGCGAACAAGCAGGCAAGGUACUCCCUCGGACGUCAAGCAUCAGCACAUCUGGGAAACUGGCACUCCUUCAACCCAAUCCUUGACUGACGGGCCAGGAUCGAGCAGAGAUCUACCUAGUGAUGCUAAUGCUGCAACGCCAGAAGUCGUUGACGAAGCCGAGGAACCCAAGGUAGUUGAUGAAGCGGCUCUCAUCGAACAACGUCGCAAGCGUCGAGAAGCUAUCAAGAACAAAUACAAAAGCCAGGCUACCCCUCUUCUCGUUCAAGCAUUACACACGGGCGCGGAGGCGAAAAUCGGUAGUCCUGCCCCAGAAAGUUAUCCUACCACUCCAGGACGUUCCGAAUCUCCGCCCUCCACUCCUCGAACCCCGAAGGAAGUAUCAGCGCCGCAGUCUCCUGCCGAGCUCAGUUUUGAUGUCGACGUUGAAAUGAGUAAUCCUGCUAGAGGCACCCCACCCACUGAUGGACCGUCGGCGGCGGACUACGAUCCUACGGCGGAUAUGGAAGAAGAACGCGCACGCCAUGACAAGAGAUUGUUCAAGGAGGACGAUAAAUCACUUACUAAAGCAGAUGAGCAGGCUGUUGAACAUGCCCAGGAGUCCGCUGCGUCUGGUCCCAAGAAAAAAGAUGAAUUCGACAUGUUUGCCGAUGAGGAUGAUGACGAUAUGUUCGCAGAGGCCCCCAUGAAACCGAAGGCAGAGGCGCAGACUGCUCAAGCACUUGAUGUCAAUCUCAUGGAUAACUGGGAUGAUCCCGAAGGAUAUUACAUCACAAUACUUGGUGAGCUGAUUAUGGGUCGUUACCAUGUAACACAAAAUCUCGGUCGGGGAAUGUUCUCAUCCGUCGUUCGAGCCACCGACAGGCAGUCGGGCAAGCCGGUAGCUAUCAAAAUCGUUCGAAACAACGAGUCUAUGAGAAAGGCCGGUAUCAAAGAAAUUGACAUACUCAAGGACAUCGCAGCCAAUGAUCCAGAGGACAAGAAGCAUGUCAUUCGUCUGGAACGUUCUUUUGAUCACAAAGGUCAUUUGUGCAUGGUGUUCGAAAGCCUUUCAAUGAAUCUGCGAGAAGUGCUCAAGAAGUUUGGAAGAGAUGUCGGCCUCAACAUCAAGGCCAUCCGAGCCUAUUCUCAGCAAUUAUUCUUGGGAUUGAGCUUGUUGAAAAAAUGUCAGUAUAUCCAUGCUGAUCUCAAGCCAGACAACAUCCUCGUCAAUGAAGCCAGAAGCACUCUCAAAAUUUGUGAUCUCGGAUCAGCCUCCCCCAUCACCGAGAACGCAACGGCACCUUAUCUCGUCUCUCGAUUCUAUCGAGCACCAGAAGUCAUUCUUGGCAUUCCCUAUGACUAUGGUGUAGACAUGUGGUCAAUCGGGUGCACGUUGUUCGAGUUGUACACUGGAAAGAUUUUAUUCACCGGUCGAAACAACAACGGCAUGUUGAAAGCGAUCAUGGAUUGUCGAGGCAAGUUUCCACAUAAAUUGCUGCGGAGAGGUGCCUUGACCUAUGACUACUUCGACGACCUGCUCAAUUUCCGAGCUCAAGAGGUCGACAAGGUGACUGGUCGAACCCUAGUACGCAUGAUAGACAUCAAGCCGAAGCCGGUUAAGGACUUGAGAUCGAGGUUGAUGCCAAAGGACAAGCGAAUGAACGAACAAGAGAGAAAGGAACUGGAAUUAUUCACUGAUCUACUGGACAAAUGCUUGGAUUUGAGACCUGAGAAACGGAUCACGCCCAUGGACGCCCUUAAGCACCCAUUUAUCUUGAGAACCAAAGGAUAGGCCUGUCUGGCCUUGCCAAACGACAUUCUGCACCGUUAGAUGAAACGAUUCUGCGUGAUUGGUUCCUGACACAACUGGCUAAUAUUGCAUGUAUGGAUUGGUAUCAAACAAGAGCUGCAUUUUCCGCUUUAGCUACCUAAGAUGGUGUGACGGCUUUGAUGGAGACUAAGUGCUACCUAACAGUUUUAAUCACGAGCACCAGCAGUGUAUGCAAUGGACAACAUAUUCAGGUUGAUAUCAAUAAGAUACGAGACAAGUCAAGUAAUGAUAGAUAGUCCUGGAGACUGUGGGCAGUUUUG